AUGGGACAAGAGGAGAGCCACAGUGAGGAGGUGGACCUGGCUCAGAUUCAGGAUCUGUGCAUCGUUUUCAUGAAGGAGUGUCCGAGCGGCGCCCUGCACCUGCACGAGUUCAAGAGGAUCUUCGGGGUGGCGAGCAGCUGUGCAGAGGAAUCCCUCUACAUCGAGACAAUAUUCCACUCCUUUGACACAAACAAGGACAACACACUUGAUUUCCUCGAGUACACGGCAGCACUUCACCUGAUCUUACGGGGGAAUAUUGAGGAUCGGCUCAAGUGGUCCUUCAAGAUGUACGACAGGGACGGGAACGGCAAGCUGGACCGCCAGGAGGUGAAACGCAUCAUCAGGAUUCUUUACAAAAUCAAACUACAGACAAGUGACGUCAGCAUGACGCCGUCUGAAAUCUGUGACAGGAUCUUUGAGCUGGUGGAUAACAAUAAUGACGGUCAGAUUUCGCUGUCAGAGUUCAUGCAGGGCGCACGGAAGGACGAGUGGGUGAUGAACCUGCUGAAGCUGGAUGUCAACGCCACCGGCUGGGUCAUCCAGAACUGUGGGAAGCUACCGUGA